AUGUUAUGGAUAUCUUCAAGAGACACGGAGAUCACGGCCACGAAGAAAAGAAACACGGUCAUGGACACCAGACAGAGGAUGGAGCGAGACAGCACUUCCUCGCUUGCCUUUACUGCUUCUGUCUCACACUUUGUCUCACUCUUUGUUGCUAAACAAAGGCUGAAGAGAAGGGAUUUGGGGGCCAGUUCAGAUACAGCAAUCUCUACAAUUGAGAAAUUCAUCGAUACACCAAAGAACCUCACAUCAAGACUAGUUGGACACCCCGCCUGGUCUGCGACUCUCCCGGUGCGCAAGACAAUUGUUGUUGUGGCAUAUGCUGCUUUCAUCGCGCUUCUCAUCACCUACAAGUCCAUCAAACGUGACGGCACUUUUCACGAGCGUAUCGCCUUUCGCGCAGCAUGGAUCACAGCAACACAGACGUCCCUACCCUUUCUCCUCGCAGUGCGCGUCAAUCCAAUUGGUCUUUUACUGGGAACUUCAUACGAGAGGAUCAACUGGUUCCACCGAUGGGCAUCAAGAGUCUUUUUCGCCAGCGCCACCAUCCACGGAGGCUUUUUUACAUACGAGUGGCUCGCAGCCAGCUUCUUCUGGACCGAGAUUAAAACCGUCAAGAUGGUUCUCCCCGGUAUCGCAGCAUGGUUCAUACUCGCCUGGACCGUCAUCUCAACAAUCCCAUUCUUCCGUCGCAUAAAAUACGAGCUCUUUGUCGUGCAACACAUCAUUUCUGUCGUGCUACUCCUAGUGUUCCUGGUCCUUCACGUUCCAGACCACCACCUUUUCAGCAUCUGGUGCGCCGUGGGCGUCUUCGCGUACGACGUGGUGACACGCUCGGCAAACCCCAUCUGGCGGAACUUACGGCUACGUGUCUCGGCGAAUCCUUCUGUGCGAUACGCCCACGACGCCCAGGUCGAAGCCGUAGACUCAGAGUUGACCGUUAUGACGGUUCGAAAUGUUGGGUUCAAGUGGAUACCUGGACAGCAUGUUUUGAUCUGGUCGCCGACUUUUAGAUGGGAGACGCCACAUCCGUUUACGAUUACGAAUAUUCCUGAUUCGCAGACGAAAACGCAAGACCUUCAAUUGACGAUCAAGACAAAGACGGGUUUAACCAGAGAUUUGAACGAUUGGGCGAGAAGAACUGGGUUGAGAGGGGAUACUGGAGGUCUACGCGUAAUGGUAACGGGGCCAUUCGGAGCGGUGCCGAAUUGGAAGCAGUAUGAGAAUUUAGUUCUCGUCGCUGCGUCGACCGGAGGAUCAUUUACGACGCCAAUUCUCGAGGAUCUACUCUCAUCUCAAUCCCCUGGCUGCAUCCGCACCAUCAGCGCUUUGUACAUUGUGCGGCACACAGCACACGCCAAAGUAUACCUCCAACGGAUAACUCGCCUACUAUCGCGCGCCAAAGAGAUGGGUAUAUCGACAAAGAUCCAAGUCGCAGUCACAAGAGGUCCCAACACUGUAUCCGAAGGCGUUCUCCAAGAUGAAAGUCGCGAAAGGUUAAUCGACCCAGAAACAGCAAGGGGACCUAGUGUUGAACUAGAGCGCUUCUCGAUCGAUUCUGCGCGAUCGUCGGAGAGUGCAAAGGAAGACCAGCUGUUGAAGGAAGAGGUGGAUAUGGACCUGGAUGGGGCGUAUGCCUCGGCUAUUGAACACACCGAUGGACGGCCUGAGAUUGCGACUUUCAUAAGGACUGCUGUUGGAGAUGUGCCAGGGAACGUUGCUGUUGCUGUUUGUGGAGGGGAAGCUAUUGAAAGGGCUGUCAAGAUGAGCGUUGCGACAUUGAGAAGAAGGAGUGGGAUGGACGCUGGUGAUGUAUAUUUGCAUGUUGAAAGGUCUGAUAUAUAA